AUCCCGAUGACGCUCCAGGACUGCUGGGUUCAGGUUCCAGGUGCUGUUCGUCGAGUGCACGUGGGUCCUCGCCGUGAGCCUUUCAGCUUCGCCGAGGCUGAGUCGCCUCCUGUUCCAGUCUCGCAGUCUGGACCGGGCCGUGUCACGUACCAGAUGCUCGACAGUGAGUCUUCCGCUUGCAGCGUCGUCGAGAGCAUCUGGGUCAACGGCGUCCCGAGCGAGGUCCUGAGCUUCACGGGCCGCUGGAUCGGGUGCACCGAGUUCCCGAUCGAGUGCUCGGGCCAGGACUUAGGGGAAGGACUGCAGCAGGGCACGCACCAGGCGCUGAAGGCCCAGCGCGACGACUUCCAGCCCGACGAGGACCUGGAGGUCAUUCCCGAGAACACGGAGGAGGACCCCGACUCGGAGCUCGAGAUGAACUGGGACCAGACUCCAGAUCCUUGGAUCGACGGCGUGCUGAGCUCAAUCACCUACGAGGAGGAGAGCAUGACGGAGGUGGAGAAGGAGCUGUUCUUCGAGGGUGCCUUCCUGCUCAGCCCAGCUGCGCGCACCUGGAGGAGGUGGUCGAUCAGGAUGAUGCUGUACCUCAGGGUGUGCGCCAUUUCCCGUCUGUCGGCGAUCGUAGCCCCUCGCAUGUCCAAGGUGAAGAGCGAGGAGGAGGAAGCGAAGGCGAGCUGCUCCCAUCCGAUGGAGGCGAGGUGGAGCGGCGGAAACGGGUACGGGUACUACUCGAAGUGCCGGAUCUGCGACACCCGGCUCAGCUUCGUGAGGAAGACGAAGGAGGAGGUCGAGGGCACCAAGCGCAAGGUGGUGGCCAAGCGCGAGUCCAAGAUGAAGGUCGAGAAGGAGGAGCCGCCGGCGGAGAUCAAGGUCGAGCCUCCGCCGAGGUACAAGGCUCCGUCGAAGUACGUCGAGUUCUGCGACGGGGUGCCGGUCAAGCCGCCACCGCCAAUGGCGAGGAAGUCCUUGCCUGUCGCGAAGCCGAGGGCGAUCGGCAGCGCGGCCAGCAGCAGCGGUGCGGCGAGCAGCAACAGCGGCAACCUCAGCAACAUCGAGAAGGGCUUCGAGACGAUGCAGUGGAUGAUGGUGGAGGACCGCAAGGAGCGCCAGCAGCAGAUGGACCUGCUGAUCAGCGUGAUGAAGGGGCUCGGAGCUCCGCGCCCGGUGGCCGCGCCUCAGGAGGACGAGGAGAGCUAGGCGCCGCCCGGAGCGACGCAUGCACGGAGGCAGUUGCAGCAGGAGGCCUACUUGCCCCAGCUGAUCAGACGACAGCCCUUUUUGGGCCGGAUGCUUCCGGCCCUGCCGAACUCUCGGGUCGAUCUGCAAGGCUUGAAGCGAAGUGUCCUGAGG